AUGCAGGCCUUAGUGGCAACAAAUUGGAAGAUUUACCUAGUUUAUUUCAACAAGAAGAAGGGAGAAUUUAAGAAGGGAGUUUUUGAGCAAGAAUACAAUGAUUACGCAAAGGGGAUUAUUGACGCCAGGGAGUUUCAUAAAAACUUUUAUUUUCUCUUAAAAGCGUUUCAAGUAUUGGACGGACCUAUUCCUAAAUACACUUACGUCGUAAAGACAAUAAUGCUGCUCUUAGUAUUUACUGCUUUGGGCCUACUCAGCUUGUCAUUUUACCAUGGGUUGGACACCUUCGAUAUACCCUUUUUGACAGAAGCCGGAAACUACAUUCUUAUAUUGUCAUACAAGUUGCUAAUUCAGUUUUGCGCUAAACUGCAUGCACAUGACUACCACAGAAUGCAACGCUCAAUGCAAGAAGACUUUUUGUUUAUAUGUACUAGAGGUGAAAAGUACAGGAAGAGAUUUUUUCAGCAUCAGAUAGAAACACGUCAUAUUCACAAAUUAACUAUAAUCUUCAUUAUGGGCGUUGGUUGUGGAAUGAAUUGUUUCUCAGCUUCCUUCCUGCUCUAUCAUCUUUUAACGCACGAGCCAGGGGAAGGCAAAAGGCCACUGCUAUUUCCCUUUUGGUACUUUGAAACAGAUUUCAGUAAGACACCUAUAUACGAAAUGGCAUUUAUAUUUUCAAGUACUUGCGUUAUUGCUUACGCAUUUAACUAUAUAUUUAUGAUCGGGACCCAAAUUGUUUGGGUUAGACAGAUAAUCUGCAAAGCUGAUAUUAUUAUAUGGCACAUCGAAGAUGUCAUGGUAGGAAUACGACCAACGAAUAAUACAGGGGAAAGGGAAGCUUUCGACAAUUUGAUACGACAACGAAUGAAGGACAUCGUGCAGCAUCACAACCUGAUGAACACCUUAACUGAGCAGUUCGCCCGGGUUUACAAGAAACUGUUGAUGUUUGAACAGGCACUUUCAGCGCCUGUAGUUUGUCUGAGUGCCUAUUCUGCAGCAGAGAAAUGGGAAGAGGGCGAAUUCAACGCAAUCCUGAUAAUGCUUUUAUUUGCUGCAGUCAUAUUGCUUUUUAUUCCAAGCUAUUUGUGUACAACUUUAUCCCUUAAGAUCAACUCUAUAUCUUACGCGUGUUGGAAUAUUCCUUUCUGGAAUGCUGGUCCCGUGAUCCGGCCUUAUCUGGUGUUUAUCAUGCAGAGAUCUCUCAAACCGCCCCCGCUUAAAGUUCCUGGCUUCGAGGAAUUUUCAAUGCAAACGUUUUCAAACAAAAUGGCAUCGGCUUAUUCUUUCUUCAAUAUGCUAAGACAAGCUAACAAGAAAUGAAACAUCAUAGUGAAGAAAAAAUAUCUUACU